AUGACGGAGGGAGGGCAGGUGGAGGCGAAGGCAAAAUUUCAUCUACCUUCACACCAGAUGAUUGAAAAUUGCUGCUUGUUGCAUGAAUCGUGCUCCCACAUGAUCCAUGCUGCUGCACAUAGUACAGAACUCCAGAGGCCAGGAGAAUGUGUCCUGGCCUCCACGUAUCCCACAACCCUGCCUCGUGCCAGGUGCACCGAAAGCUGUCGCCCUGGAUAUGUCAAAAUCACUCAGGAAGGAAAGCCAGUUUGCUGCUACGAUUGUGCUCCAUGCACGGAAGGGACAGUCUCCAUUCAGGAAGGCUUUGUGUUAGGAAUCUUCAUUAAAUACAUGGAAACUCCAGUAGUCAAAGCCAACAACCGGGACCUCUCCUACAUUCUCCUCAUCUCCCUCUUGCUUUCCUUUUUGUCCUCCAUUCUCUUCAUUGGUCCGCCUCGAAAGGUAACCUGCCUUCUUCGCCAAACUGCCUUCAGCAUCAUCUUCUCUGUUGCCAUCUCUUCUGUGUUAGCCAAAACCAUCACUGUGGUGGUUGCAUUCAUGGCCAACAAGCCAGGGAACAGGAUGAGGAAAUGGCUGGGGAAGAGUUUGGCCAACUCCAUUAUCAUUUCUUGUUCUGCGAUUCAAGCUGGCAUCUGCACCAUCUGGCUGGGAAUCUCUCCACCCUUUCCAGACUUUGACAUGCACUCCCAACCUGGACAGAUCAUCCUGCAGUGUAACGAAGGCUCUGCCAUCAUGUUUUAUAGUGCCCUAGGCUACAUGGGCUUCUUGGCUGCCAUCUGUUUUAUGGUGGCUUUCCUAGCCAGGAAGUUGCCCGGGGCAUUCAACGAAGCCAAGCUGAUCACCUUCAUUGAGGGCCAAGAAAGUCCUUGCAUUGCCAUUAACCUGAAGACAGAGAAAGAUAAAGCUUUGCUGGAGGAGUGA